UCAGCUAACAAUCCAGUCCAGUCCCUUCAACAGAAGUUCCAGUCACAACAUGAAGUUCUUCCUCGCUUUGAGUCUUGCCCUGGUGGCCAUCUCCUGCAGUCUGGCUUUGCCAUUGGAGCUGGACAAUGCCGAGCCCCUUUCUCUGCUGGAUCUGGAGGCGGAACUGGAGCAGCCCCAGGUGGAUGAGCUAGCGGGUGACCGAGUUGUAAGAGGACUAGGCGGCUUUGGUGGACUCGGUGGCAAGUUUGGCGGCCUGGGAGGACUCGGCGGUCUGAAGGGAGGCUUUGGUGGUCUCGGACACGGCUUUGGCGGUGGCUUUGGCGGCCAUGGCUUCGGCGGCGGCUUCGGUAGCUUCAAAAGUCUCUUCAACAAGAAAUUCCGCUAAGCAGUACAACAGCCAACUAUAGUCUAAGAAUUAACUAAUAAAUGUUGAGUUAAGUAAAAGUUAAAAGUUGCCCGUCU